UGAUGAGGCCACCGGCAGACCGCGUCCUGAUCGAGCCGCUGACCUGGCUGCUGUUCGUCUGCGGUGUGGCGGCGAGCGGGGCGACGCAGCAGCCGUGGGUGCCCAAACCGCGGCUGGGUGACUCGGACGUGCCUCCAGCCAAAGUGGAGGUUCAGGUGGGAGGCACUGCCUUCCUGCCCUGCCCGGCCGCCAGCUCCGGUCACGACAGUCCGGUGUGGAUACGGCGCAAGGACUACCACAUCCUGACCGGCGGCAAGGCCAACUACAUCACCGACCAGCGCUUCCAGGUGCUGUUCAACCACGCCAACCAGGACUGGUCGCUGCAGAUCAAGUUCGUCACUAUGACCGAUAACGGAACGUACGAGUGCCAGGUAUCGUCCGGCUCCGGGUACGUGUCGCGCUUUGUACACCUGCACGUGUACCAGCCGGUGGCGACCAUUACCAGCGGCACAGAGUACCACGUCCAACAGGGCACCGCCAUUCAGCUGGUCUGCGUCGUGGAAGGGAGUCCGUCGCCGCCGAGUUUCGUAUUCUGGUAUCAUGGAGAGGACAUGAUUAACUACGACAAGCUACGAGGAGGCAUCACGGUGGAAACCGAGUCGCGAGAGAAGACUUACAGCAGGCUGACUAUCACGAACGCCAAGCGGCAGGACUCGGGCAACUACAGCUGCAAGCCAUCCAACGCUGAGCCCGUCUCCGUGCACGUCUACGUGUCAGAAGGGGACAAAAUGGCUGCCAUUCAGAGGAAGAGCUGCGCGACCGCCGAGGCCAGCGGACGCUACACGGGGCCUCUCAACAUGGCGGCGAUAGCUGUCUGUCUUCUGGCUCUGCCUGCCAGGUGACACGACUAAGUACAAUGGCAGACUGGGCACAUGAUCAGUUCCGUGGUGUGGAGUGACGUCACACCCAUUACGUCACUGAGCUGACGUCAGAGGACUUAUUCGGCUCCUGCAGAGAGGGAGGGUGUAUGAAGGAGAUGGUGGUUGUGACGCGCUCGCCCGGCCCGUGAGGACAGCUCAGCGAACACCCGAGCGCUGUGCACGAGUGACCCAUGGAUACGCGGGUCGUGUUGUCAUUGUGUUUACCUCUCUGUGAACCUAUUCCCUACGGGAAGUGUGCGAACACGGCCAGACGCUCUCAGCUGAGGUGCAAUUAAUGGCGGCGCUGGUUCAGGGUCCGGAGAUAGGGAUGAUGUGUUCGACGGUCAAGACUGACCUUCACUGAGGUACCUGGGUAGUGGGUACUGUUAGAGAGCGAGCAGUGACGCUCAGUGAUCAGCCCCAUUACAGCCCAGAGACCCUACAGGAUCGGCUGGACGAGGCGCGGACAAUAAACAGCUCCUCAGGUGUGACAUGUUGGUUUGACUCUGCUGUGUGCCAGAGCUCUGCUGGUAACGUGUUUUCCAUUGUUGGUGCGCGCUGAGAGCGCUCAGCGCUGCUGGAUGUCAUCACUUUAUCCGUGGAUCGGCAGAUUUCGGUCCAUCUUGUAUGAUCAUCUGUGUAUGAGUGACCGAUCCGUGCGCCAGGAAUCGUUAUGGGUAAUGACAUGCCAACUGCAGUGUUAUAUAUAAGCGUGUGUUCGCAGGCAUGGAUCAGCUAUGAAAGGUGAACAGUUUCGAGAAUAUUUGACGAGGCAUAGCCUCACAUGAAAAGAGCUCGAUUUGUCACUCCGUAUGGAAUGCGUGAUUAUUGUAACAUAAAGCUGUUUAAUAAUUGAGGUUAUUGCGUAUACCUACAUAUUUGUAUCGUAUGUGAAUGAUUGUUGCGCUUUUGAAAUGUUGUCAACUUUUGUUGUUUCUGUUUCAGAUGUUCGUAAUUAACUUUCAACGUUUUUGUUGGUUAUGGAAUGAAGUUUGUUAUCGGAAGUGAACUAAUUAUUUGUUAUAGCUUAUCGUUUUGUGCAAGUUUUGCGAAAAAGGAGCGCAUAACUAUGUUCGUCGUCGGCGUAUGUUGGUGCGUGGUUGUCAUGUUUGUCAGCAAUAUGUAUUUAUGCGAGAUUCC